AUGCGAAUUGUAUUGAAUGCAUUUAAAAGAGUAACAGAAAUAAAGACAAGAAAUCAAUAUAUACAUAUAGUUUCAAAAAGAAUGUGUAGUAUAAAUUCAGAAAUUGAUAUCCCAGAGGCGGAUCGAAUAGAAUCUCAAAAAUUGUUUGAUGAACUAAAAGAAUUAAAUAUAAAUUACAAAGAAGUAAAACAUGGGAAAGUAAAUUCAAUUAAAGAAAUUUUAGAUUUAAAUUUGGAGAAAUCUGAAAAUGUAAUAAAAAAUUUAUUUUUAAAAGAUAAAAAAAAAAACUAUUUUUAUCUAUGUGUAGCUAACUGGAAAAAAGUAGAUUUAAAAAAUGUAUCAACACAAUUAAAAACAUCAAAUUUAAGAUUUGUUGAUGAUGAAAAUUUAAAAAAUAUAUUAAAUGUAAAACCAGGAUCUCUUACUCCAUUUUCUAUUAAAUCCGAUAAAGAUAAUAUUGUAAAAUUAUAUUUUGACGAAGACAUAAAAAGUAUGGAUGAAGUUAUUAUUCAUCCUAUGCAUAAUUAUAGCUGUAUAUAUGUAAAAACAUCUGAUGUUAUUAAAUAUUGUGAUUUGCAUAAGCAUACACCCGAAUUUAUAAAUUUCCCAGAUUCAAAAGAUACAGAAGAUCAAAAUAUCAAAAGAGAUGAUACUAGUAUUAAUGAAGAAAAUCCAAAAGACCCAUCCAAAUUAACACACGGAAAAAGUGGCGAGAAAACAACUGAAAAAGAUAAAGGAAAAGAUGGAAGUAAUAUCCUUGGAAUAACUUCAAAAAAAGAACAAAAUUUUUCAGAUUGGUACACACAAGUAAUUGUAAAAAGUGAAUUAAUAGAAUAUUAUGAUAUUUCGGGGUGUUAUAUAUUAAGACCAGCCUCUUACUACAUAUGGGAAUGUAUUCAAGCAUUUUUUAAUAACGAGAUAAAGAAAUUGGAUGUAGAAAAUUCCUAUUUUCCAUUAUUUGUUACAAAAAAUAAAUUAGAAAAAGAGAAAAAUCAUAUAGAAGGUUUUAGUCCAGAAGUUGCUUGGGUUACCAAAUAUGGUGAUACAGAUUUACCUGAAGAAAUUGCUAUAAGGCCUACUAGUGAAACUAUUAUGUAUUCUGCAUUUUCAAAAUGGAUCAGAUCCCACAGAGAUUUACCAUUAAAAUUGAAUCAAUGGAAUACAGUAGUUAGAUGGGAAUUUAAACAACCAACACCCUUUAUUAGAACACGAGAAUUUUUAUGGCAAGAAGGACAUACAGCACAUAAAAAUGAAGAAGAAGCAGUAAAAAUGGUAUUUGAUAUAUUAGAUAUAUAUAGAAGAUGGUAUGAAGAAUGCUUAGCAGUACCAGUUAUUAAGGGACUAAAAAGUGAAGGAGAAAAAUUCGGUGGAGCUAAUUUUACAUCAACUAAUGAAACAUUUAUAAGUGAAACUGGAAGAGCUAUACAAGCAGCUACAUCACAUUAUUUAGGCACAAAUUUUGCAAAAAUGUUUAAAAUAGAAUUUGAAGAUGAACAAGAAAAUAAACAAUUUGCGCAUCAAACAUCAUGGGGAUGUACUACUAGAUCUAUAGGUGUUAUGAUUAUGAUGCAUAGUGAUAAUAAAGGAUUAAUUUUACCACCAAAUGUUGCAAAAUAUAAAGCUGUUAUUGUACCUAUUUUAUAUAAAAAUACGGAUGAAACUGCUAUUUUUAAUUAUUGUAAAGAUAUAGAAAAAGUUUUAAAAAAUGCACAAAUUAAUUGUAUAUUUGAUGAUAGAGAUUUAUAUUCGCCGGGUUAUAAAUUUAACCAUUGGGAAUUGAGAGGAAUACCAAUAAGAAUAGAAGUAGGCCCAAAAGAUAUACAAAAUAAUUCUUGUGUUUUUGUUCGUCGAGAUAAUAAUCAAAAAUUCAAUAUUAAAAAAGAAAGCGUAUUAUUAGAAACGCAACAAAUGCUAGUUGAUAUACAUAAAAACUUAUUUUUAAAAGCUAAAAAAAAAAUAGAUGAUUCUAUUGUUCAAAUUACUUCAUUUGAUCAAGUUAUGGAUGCUCUUAAUAAAAAAAAAAUGGUAUUAGCACCAUGGUGUGAAGAUAUAGCAACAGAAGACGAAAUCAAAAAAGAAACACAAAGACUAUCUAUGAGCCAAACAAAUGUUGAAACAUCACUUAGUGGGGCUAUGAAACCUUUAUGCAUACCCCUUGAUCAGCCUCCUAUGCCACCAAAUACCAAAUGCUUUUGGACUGGAAAACCAGCAAAAAGGUGGUGCCUCUUUGGAAGAAGUUACUAA